GAUUUAGUCGAACGUUAGUUGAGUGCUAAUUCGCUGUUGGUGAUGUUCGUGAAACGCUGCGGGUGAUUUUUUCGGUCGCUGAACGGCGCUGCAUUGGCAUUUCUUUGCACCCACCAAAUCGAAACGAAAAUUUGUUUUUUCCUAUUGUUUCCAAGUGUUUAGUGUUUAAAUCUUACGGUGGAUUGCAAAACUGAAAUAAUUUCCAAUAACGAUUUUAUUGUAUUUGUUGUUUUCUUUGUGUUCAUGUAUUGUGAUUUAACUAUUGAAAUAUUAGCAACCGAGGCUGGAAGUGUGUGCAAAUGCAAACAAAUCAAUUAGCACAUUCGGUGCAGAGCGAAAUACGUAAAACAUACGUACAUACAUACAAACAUAUUGAUGUGCCUGCGCGUGUGUUUUAUAGUAUACGUACAUAUGUAUAUGUAUGUGGUAUAAAAAGUUGAAAACAAAGUGUGAAUUUGUGCGAAUAACUGUGCCAGAGCGUAGGCAAAUUUGAAAACAUACAUAAAUCUUAAAAGAAGAUGUGUUUUGCUAUUGUUGUUUUUGGUGUCCUCCAUAGCAGCUGUGAAGCGUGAAUUUCUGUGCGGUGCUUGUUUCAAGUAAAGUGUCCAAAGUGUCGGAGUGUCGGCUGUUGCUGCAUGGAAUUCCAAUUGGCCGCAGUUCCGCCGUCGCGCAGAUAAACGACCACCAGGGUAAACAAUCAGUUGAAGUGGAAAGUGAAAUUCGUUUAUUGAAAGCCAAAAAUAAUAAACCCACAAUUUAUGCGCGCUAGCCGAAAGCAAACUUAAAAGCAAAAAACAACAAAAAAUAACCGUAAACAUUAUGAGUACUUGUGUACUAGCAUUAAUGACACACAACAGCAACAACAACAACAACGAGUGUAAAAUCAACACUAGUAAAAAGUGUAGCAGCUGUCAAAGCAAUUGCAACGCUGAACUCCGUUAAAAAACCCAAAAAGGCCAACAGCAAAGAAAAACAAAAACAAAUAACAACAACAAACAAUUGCUGUUUGCGCGCGCAAUUUGCAUGAUUGUUGCAACACCUUGACAAAAACAAACACAACAAAUACAAAGAGAGAAAAUAUUAUGCCAAACAACAAAAAAAUAACGGUGCAACCAAAAAAACCGUUAGUGUUAUAGAUAAAAGAUAUAUUUCAACUUCGGACUUUUUUCCUUUCGCCAAUUUUUGCCAAUUUUUGCCAACUUGUGUGUUAUUAUAAUUUUUUGCCAAUUGCCGGUGAGGGCCACACCGUGUUUUGGCUGCAGCAAAUAAGGGUGUUGAACGUUGCCGGUCAACACAACAACAACAAAUAACAGUCAAUUGCAAACAACGAACAACAAACUGUGGACAACAAAUAACUACACGCCUGUCUGCAGCGGUGCCUGCAAGCGUUGCAACUGCACAAUAACACAAAUAAAUAGCAACAACAACUAUCAUGACAACAACAAAACAGGCUGACAUCAAUACAAACACCACAGCCGCCAACGAAGUGGCCGGUCACGUUGCAGCCGUUGGUGCCACCGGCAUCGGCACAGGCACAAGCAACGGUAAUGCAAUUGUUGUUGGUGGCGAUAUUGACAACGGCAUGGGAUCGCCGUUGCAGCCGUCAAAUAGAAACUCGAAUGGUCACACGAACAACACAAAUAAUUUCUACAGUAAUUCAUCGAAUUCAAAUUCAAAUAUUGCCAAUAAUGGCAGCACAACAACAACAACACCAACAAUAGCAGCAGUAACAACAAAUAACAACCGGCGUGUUAUGAACGAAUCGAACAAACGCAAGAAAUUGAAAUCACGCACAGCAACGGUGCCUAGUGGUGGCGGUCAAGGUCACGGCCAAGCUGAGGGCUAUAUGAAGGAUCACUUAGACGCUUGGCUAGAGACUUGCCUAAAGGAUGCCUCCAAUGCACAGUUAUCAUCCUCAUCGGAAUUCUUAGAUUAUAAUCCAACGCCAACUGGAACUGGUGGCGUCGGUGGCAGUGGUGGUAUUAGUGCAACAAAUCCGCAAAAAUUCUUACAACAACAAAUGCAGCAACGUCAUCAACAAAGCCAGCAACAACAACGCGAGCAACAGCAACAACAACAAAAUCAAACAUAUCUGUCCAAUAAUAGUUUGAAUAACGCGAAUCAACAGACCGCAUUUUCAUUUGGGCAACAACAACAACAUUCCCCACAAAUGCAACAACAGCAAUUUGCAUUGCGUACGGGUCCAAUGUCAUUUACCGGCGGUUAUACGGGUGGCGGUAGUGGCCCAUUCAGCCAAGGUUUUCAAAGGAAUGUGCCAAAUUACAUGAAACAAUCUCACUACAAUAACCGCUACUCCAUGAUGUUCCCACAUAGCGGUAUGGGCCCUGGUCCAGGUGGUUAUUAUCAACAAACUGAUGCCCAAGACUUCGCUAGCCUGCCACCCAUAGUGAAUAUGAUGGGCGGUUCAUCGGAAAUGGAAAAUAACUCGACAGAUGUGCUCGAUGGCAGUGGCAGCAAUCCGAAUAUUAGUCGUGGUUUCCGUUUCAGCGAUCCAUGCCUGCUAAAUCCAUCCGAUAAUGACUCGAAAGUAAGUGGCCAAAAUACACCCGAUCGUCGCAAUCAAUUACCGAGCGAUUUGGAGAAUAAUAAAUUCUUUGCGGCACUAAUGGAACAAAUUAACUUAUUGCACGAAACUAAUACGAAAAUUUGCCGAAAUCUACACGAAACAAAAGUUGAUAUUGAAGCUUUAAAGCACGCACCCAAUUGGGGUUUGAGACACCGUAGAGAUAGCUUGAGUGGAUUAAGUACGCACAGUCAGCCCAUGGUAUUUGGCGGUGGAUUUGGUGGUAUGCAAAGUCCAGCGCCAACUUAUCAUUCAGGCGCUUACACACCCGGCAUGAUGACCGAUGUGGUUCGUGAGGUGAAAGAGGCGGCUCGUGUACGCGAGGAUGCGCUUUUAAAUCGGGUAAAGGCGAUGGUCGAAGAGCGUCAAUGGUCAUUCAAUGAGAGCAACCUGCGCAUGAUGCGCGACAUAGAAGAGCUAAAGUCCCAAGUCCAUCAUCUGCGCGCCGAUCGCAAGGAAUCCAACAAACGCAUAACACACCUCGAGGCCGAGAACAAGUACAUGCGCCAGUUGUUGACCAAUCUCUUCAAUCAGCGCAACGCACCCGAUAUCAUCUACGAGAAUGAAACGUUGCGCACACAACAACGCAAAUCCUUUCCAACGGCGCCGGCACGACGCUCUCAAUCGAUGAAUCUGCAUUACGGCACCAUACACCAUCAACCGCCGACCGUUGCGCUCACCGUGGACGAGCAGGAUGAGCGGCUGCACAUCGUUGAGGCGACGGGCGCGCAGCGUGCCACCGCCGCGGAUAUGGUGACCGUAAGUGAUAGACGCACCACAGAGUUGCGCAGUUCAUUCUCCAGCUCGGAUGGUGGCGGUAGCGUGGGAGCGGGUAGUAGUGGUGGUGGUGGUGGCAACGCUGCUGCAGCACGUAACGGUGUUGGCAGCGCCGCCAGUGCAGGCGUAGGCAUUUGUACAGUAACACCAUUGCCUAACGGUAAUGCCGCAAUGGCCGCCAGCGGUCAACAGUUGAUGUCGCCGCCCAAUUUCGCGCUCAUAUCGUCGCCGGUCGAGGAGGAUGUGGUGAAACAGCGCAAGAAGAAGGGCAGAAAAGUGCCAAAUAUCGAUGGGUCGAAGCGUAACGGUGAAAGUCACGAGGAUGUUAGCGCCACGAGUGCAGCACACGAUGAUGAGGAUGCCGCCAAUGAUGCGGACGAUGACAGCAAGCUGUCGACGCAGGAGCUGCAGCAGGAGCUACAGGAUGCGGUGGCUGCGCGUAAGGAGGCCGAUAAUCGUGUCAUUGCGCUUGAGAAUAUGGUAAAAACAUUACAACUAAAUUCCAACAAAGCCAACAACGCCAACAACAACAACAAUGCAUCCCAUUAUCCAAACGUUCCAUAUAAAUUAACUAACGGUAUCGGUGCCACUGGUAAUGGUCAUGUUGCAAAUCCUUUUGUUGGUGGCUAUACAUAUAACAUUAACCCUUGCACUACCAACAACUCAGCAACACCGCACUCAACAGCAAUGUCAUCAGCAUUAACGGCAGCGGUUGCCAUGCCACAUCAGAAACACCAUAAAGUCCACAGCAUCGCCACGGCGAGCAGCAACAUUGGUUGUGUUGGACAAUCGCCAACCAAAUUGAGCGUUGCUGGACCCAUCACGGAUUUAUAGUUCUAGCUGCCGGCCACAAAGCGACGUAGUGUACGUGUCACGCAUUUCUGACUGCAACAUCGGCGGUGGCAUGCCACAUAUCAAUGCGCAAGGCUGCACACACAUUGGUGCCGUUGUCCAAGAGCGGGGAGUGCGCGCAGGCGUAGGAGUAGCAAACCUUUUGUGGAUAGUUGAAAGGCGUAGAUGAAUAAUGAAUACGAAACUCGAAAAUCGAAAAUCGAUAUACGAAACACACUCGAAUACGUACGAAGUGUUGACUUCAGACACGAACGUCCGUUACAGUUAUUUUUUUGAGCAUAUUUUUUUGGAAUAUUUUUUUGAGCAUAAGUAUACUCGUAAUUGUUAUUAACACUUGUUAACGCAUUCGCAUUUGCAUUUUUUUAUAUGUGUUAGUGUGUAAUUCGUCCAUAUAUGUACACGUAUAUAUAUGUGUAGUUUGUGCUUUAUAUUUUUGAUUUUAUUUCGUUGCUGCAUUUUGCAAAGCGUCCAUAAUUAAUUAUUAUAACACAUAACUCCAAAAUGUAUUUACCCAAGUAGUUUGUUACUAAAAAUUAAUAUUUGAUAAUAUAUUUAUAAGGUCAAGUAAAGUAUAUUAAAUAAACUCCCAACAUGUUUAUUAAAAUUCAUACAAACAAACACUUACAUAUAAUAUGUAUAUCAAGCAUU